CUCGGUGCUGACCACGUGACCCCGCCGUGAACGAGACCCUCGCUCCUUUCAGUAAACACGAAGCUUUAAAUGGACCGGAGCUUAAAGAGGCGGCAGGUGAAGCCACUUGCUGCUUCUCUUUUAGACGCCUUGGACUACGACAGCUCGGAUGACAGCGACUUUGAAGUGGGAGAGGGAGAAGCAUCAGGCUCAGAUGGAACCGGCAAUGGUAGUGAAGACGAAGGGUCCAAAGCCAGUGCCGCUGGUUCAGAAAGUGACUCUGACAACGCUGCCUCUGCAGAAGACGGCGCUGAGGAGGAGGCUAAGGACCCGGCUGUUGAAGACAACGUAACUGAGGAUGAAGAGAAGAUGAACAAGCCGCUGGCCGAUGAUUCCUCCUCCAAAGAUUCCUCCCAGGUCACCUCGUCUAAAACCAAGCGCAAGAACAAGAAGACCCCAGACCCGGCUCCCCCCUCAGCAGUAGAACCCGAGUCUGCAUCCACCCCCGCGGAGGACAACGGGAACGCCGACGAGUCCCUCGUUGAGCCAAAGAAAUGGAACUUCCGUAGGAACCGGCCACUGCUGGACUUCACCACCAUGGAAGAGCUGAACGAGAUGGACGACUACGACAGCGAGGACGAUAACGACUGGCGUCCCACGGCGGGGAAGAAGAAGGGCAAGGCAGCUCCUCAGAAGGGAGGCGCGGAGGAAGAGGAGCGAGGGAACGGAAGCAACGAAGACGGAGACGAGAACGACGACGAUGAUGAGGACGAUGAAGACGACGAUGACGACGAUGAUGAUGACGAUGAUGACGACGACGAUGAUGACAAGGAGGAUGGAGAUGACAACAACAGUACUAGUGAUAGUGAUAAGGAGGUGAAGAAGACCAAGAAGAAGGUGAAGAGCAGCAGUGGCUUUGAUGAUGAACUGACCAAUGACAGCAUGUCUCAGGGAAAGGGCAACGAGGACGCUCUGCUGGACCGCUCCCAGACCUGGAACACUCAGCACAUCCUCAUCUGCUGCGUCUGCCUGGGAGACAACAGCGAGGACGCAGACGAGAUCAUCCAGUGCGACAACUGUGGGGUUACCGUACACGAAGGCUGCUACGGCGUGGACGGCGAGAGCGACUCCAUCAUGAGCUCGGCCUCCGAGAACUCCACCGAGCCUUGGUUCUGCGACGCCUGCAAGAACGGCGUGUCCCCCAGCUGCGAGCUGUGCCCCAACCAAGAUGGCAUCUUCAAGGAGACGGACGCUGGCAGAUGGGUGCAUGUGGUCUGUGCUCUGUACGUUCCUGGAGUCGCGUUUGGAGACAUCGAUAAGCUGCGACCGGUGACGCUCACAGAAAUGAAUUAUUCCAAAUACGGAGCCAAGGAGUGCAGCUUCUGCGAAGACGCCCGCUUCGCCAGGACCGGGGUCUGCAUCAGCUGCGACGCGGGAAUGUGUCGCUCCUACUUCCACGUCACCUGUGCUCAGAGGGAAGGUCUUCUGUCUGAGGCUGCAGCCGAGGAGGAUAUCGCCGAUCCAUUUUUUGCGUACUGCAAGCAGCAUGCAGACCGCUUUGACAGGAAGUGGAAGAGGAAGAAUUACCUGGCGCUACAGUCUUAUUGUAAGGUCUCUCUGCAGGAAAGAGAGAAGCAGCUCACCCCCGAGGCUCAGGCCCGGAUCACGACCCGCCUGCAGCAGUACCGCGCCAAAGCAGAGCUGUCCAGGAACACGCGGCCUCAGGCCUGGGUUCCCCGGGAGAAGCUGCCGCGGCCUCUGACCUCCAGUGCCUCAGCCAUCAGGAAGUUGAUGAGGAAAGCAGAGCUUAUGGGCAUCAGCACGGACAUUUUCCCCGUGGACACUUCGGACGCCAACGCCAGCAUGGACGGCCGCAGGAAACACAAGCAGCCCGCCCUCACAGCCGACUUUGUCAACUACUACCUGGAGCGGAACAUGCGAAUGAUCCAGAUCCAGGACAACAUCUCCGAGCAGAAGAACCUCAAAGACAAACUGGAGAGCGAGCAGGACAAGCUGCAUGUGGAGUACAACAAGCUCUGCGAGUUCCUGGAGGAGCUGCUGAACGUGAACGGAGAGCUGCGGGGUGAAGGCCAGGCCAUGUGGACUCUGCUGGGGGGAAUCCUGGGACAGAAAUUAAACACUCCAGCGAUUCUGAAAGCGCCAAAGGAGAGGAAGCCCAGCAAGAAGGAGGGAGGAACGCCGGGGAAGCCGUCCAGCCUGCCAGCCAUCCUCUACAGCUGUGGCAUCUGUAAGAAGAACCAGGACCAGCACCUGCUGGUGCUGUGUGACACGUGUAAGCUGUACUACCACCUGGGCUGCCUGGAGCCGCCGCUCAGCCGGAUGCCCAAGAAGACCAAGAACAGCUACUGGCAAUGCUCCGAGUGUGACCAGGCGAGCAGCGACGAAGCCAACAUCGCCAUGGAAACGCUGCCUGAUGGCACCAAGAGGUCUAGAAGGCAGAUCAAAGGACCCAUCAAGUUCAUCCCGCAGGAGAUGUCGCCGGAGCCCAAGAAGCAGCAAGUGAGAGGCACGAGAACCAGAGGUCAGAAGAGGAAGAGAGUUCCCAUCUCUGAAGACAGUAAAGACAAAGUCGAGGAACCGCUGCCACGGGAACGCAGACAGCGGCAGUCUGCAGUGCAGAAAAAACCCAAAGCCGACGACACGAGGACGGAGUGUACGACGUGUAAAGGGCCGGGCGACAACGAGAACCUCGUCAGGUUGUGAAAGCCGGGGCAGCCACCUCACCUCCCAUAAAAUCUGGGGACCGAUGACCGUUGGCUUAGAGACACAGAGAGGCAAAUUGAGUCAUUUGAAGAGCGGAACUUGAGUCGGGGCCGAAGAACAAGAUGGUCACCUCACUUGGCAACCACCUCUGAUCUGAACCAACCCAGCAGCUGCUCGACAAUACUAGAGCCGAACCGCCUGGAUCUAAAUCCAGGAUCACCCAAAGUCUCUUUGAAACCGAUAUGUUUUGGUUAGAGUUGGGCCUUGGACUUGUUUUACAUGAUAACAGUAUUUAGUCAUUUUUGUCACUACAGAGGCAUCAAGACAAGUUUGGUAACCACCACAUCUCUAUAGGUUCAUGAAUAUUUUAAAGACAACAAGUUAAGCUUUACAAGAACUGGUCGGAUCUUGGAAGACCUAUGUGAUUGUUACUUUCUUAGUGUUCUGAUUUCCUUGAAGACAUGGUACUGUUUUGAAGAAUUUACCAGAUUUCCUUGUUGUGUAUACCAACAACAACCCAAGUACCGCGGAGGAUGACCUGUUGUGCUGGGAAAGGAACAAUUACAUGAGACUUUUGAGAUGGCGUUCAAAUCUGGCUGACCAACACUGGCUGUUUUCAAACUGUAUGCUAAUACCAGCUACACAAAUACUAAACUCACACAUUUUUAAGCAAAACAAAAAACAGAAGAAUUUUCAUUUGAUAAUUUUGCAAAUAUUCAAGGAAAAACUUUGAAAUUCUGGCUUCAUAAAUUCUAAAAAGUUCAAAAAUAAAAUUCUAAAAAGUUUUGACUUUAUAAGUUCAUAAUUUUAAAGCAAAAAAAAUCUGAAAUUCAGGCUUAAUCAAAGUGGAAAAUAUGCAUUCAAAACAAAAAUUUGGAUUUGAUAAAAACGCAACAUUCUAACUCGGUCACAACUUUGCAAGAGAAACAUUUCCUAAGUUUUGACUUAUAAACUUGCAACUUUGUGAGAAAACACUAAGAAGGUUUACUUAAUCACCUCACAAAUUUUUAAUAAAAACAUAAAUUCUCACUUUAUGUAUAAAGUUGAUCGUUAUUUGACCUAUUAUGAAACGCUAGGAUAAAAUUAUGAAACUGUUGUGCAAUUAUAAUUUUCUAAUCUCCCAAAUUUGCAGGAAAAAUUGAAAAACACAAGCCUCAAAAUCAAUAAUUAAAAAAAAAAGUAUAAAGGUAAAAAUUGAGUCAAAAAAUCAAUAAUUCUUACCUUAUGACCAAAAGGAUUUACAAGGGAAAAAAAUAUUAAAUUCUUAU